UUCACUUCUGUUUUUGUGGAUGCACCGAUGAGAGAUCCAGUUUUUACAGGGACUGCAAUGGCUUAUCACCCUUUCCACGCACACCGGCCGACCGACUUCCCCAUGUCCGCCUUCCUAGCGGCCGCGCAGCCUUCCUUCUUCCCGGCGCUCAGCCUGCCUCCCGGGGCGCUCACUAAACCCAUUCCCGACCACGGCCUGGCCGGGGCGGCGGAGGCUGGGCUCCACCCGGCCCUCAGCCACCAUCAGGCGGCUCAUCUCCGCAGUAUUAAAAGUCUGGAACCGGAGGAAGAAGUGGACGACGAUCCAAAAGUUACACUGGAAGCCAAGGAUCUGUGGGACCAGUUUCAUAAACUCGGCACGGAGAUGGUUAUUACCAAGUCCGGAAGGAGGAUGUUUCCUCCGUUCAAAGUGCGAAUAAACGGGCUCGAUAAAAAAGCCAAAUACAUCCUGCUGAUGGACAUCGUGGCGGCGGACGACUGCCGCUAUAAGUUCCACAACUCCCGCUGGAUGGUGGCGGGUAAGGCCGACCCGGAGAUGCCCAAGAGGAUGUAUAUCCACCCAGACAGCCCGGCCACCGGCGAGCAGUGGAUGGCCAAGCCUGUUGCUUUCCAUAAACUCAAGCUGACCAACAACAUCUCAGACAAACACGGAUUUCAGACUAUCCUGAACUCCAUGCACAAGUACCAGCCCAGGUUCCACAUAGUCCGGGCCAAUGACAUCCUGAAGCUCCCCUACAGCACCUUCAGGACCUACGUGUUCCCGGAGACCGAGUUCGUGGCUGUCACAGCGUACCAGAACGACAAGAUAACGCAGCUGAAGAUUGACAACAACCCUUUUGCCAAAGGAUUCAGAGACACGGGAAACGGAAGGAGGGAAAAAAGGAAACAGCUGACCAUGCCGUCGCUGCGGAUGUAUGAGGACCAGUGCAAGGCGGACCGGGACGGUGUGGACUCGGACGCCUCGUCCAGUGAGCCCCCAACGGGCAGAGACACCGUCCACUCCCCGCUGGGAGCCAGCAGCAGCCCGCUGAGGUUCAGCAGACCCAGUCGAGAUGAGAAAACAUGCACUGACAGUGAGCAGGAGCUGGAGCAACACGAUGAGCGCUGCACCGGCUCCAACAGCCCCGGAGCCGAACCCGAGUCCCCCUACAGCUCCAGGUGCGAGGAGCGUGUGCGGGACAGGCCGAGCGCGGAGAAGAAGGACGACUCCAUAUUCAGUAUAAGGAACCUGGAGAAGGACAAAGCAGAGAACAGGCACAGGAAGGACACCCCAGACGCACUGACUAAGGACUCAGAGGCCGGGGGCAUCAGCGCCACUAAGGACGCCUUCUCUCCUCUGGUGGUCCAGACCGACAGCCCCUCGCACUUCAGCCCCAGCCACUUACAAAGCCUGGCCCUGUCCGGCCUGCACAGUCAGCAGUUCUUUAGCCCUCUGAACACCGGAUCGCCGCUGUUGUUUCACCCGGGCCAGUUUGCCAUGGCCCCAGGAGCCUUUUCCGCCAUGGGCAUGGGCCAUCUACUGGCCUCUGUAUCUGGAGCAAGCGGGUUGGAAAAUGGCAGCAUCUCCAGCCAGAGCACAGGAGGGACCCCCAGCCCCUUCCCCUUCCACCUGUCCCAGCACAUGCUCGCCUCUCAGGGCAUCCCCAUGCCUCCGUUCGGGGGUCUUUUCCCGUACCCCUACACCUACAUGGCAGCGGCUGCAGCGGCCGCCUCCGCCUCCGCCCUCCCGGCCACCAGCACCUCCAGCCCGCUCUCCAGGAACCCCUUCCUGGGCUCGUCCCGGCCCCGGCUCCGCUUCAACCCCUACCAGCUCCCGGUGUCUCUGCCUCAGAGCUCCAGCCUGCUGUCCCUCAACCCGGUGUCUGAAUUAUCCAAACCGGGCAGCAGGGAGACCAGCCCGGCCCCGGAGCACCACAGCAACCAUAAGAUAGGAGGAGGGGGAGGAGGGGGGGGGGGAGGAGGAGGAGGUUCAAGCGGGAGAGCCGGAUCUCCCAAAACCUCCAUGAAGGACUCAGUGAACGAGCUGCAGAGCAUCCAGAGACUGGUGAGUGGACUGGAGGGCCAGAGGGAGCCCUCCCCAACUGCAGACUCACCCAAGUGAUGCAGACUGUGUGGGGGAAUACUUGGCUUGAAAACCAGAGGACUACAGUGCAUAUGUCCUGUACAGCACAUUACAGAGACUGGGAUGAGGUGUGGACCGAUAUGGGUCGGUGAAGGCCUGGGACCGAUAUGUUUUGGAACAAAGCUGCAGACAGACAAGAGCUAGUCCCUAUAAUUAAAUUGAAUUUGUUUGUUUUUUUUAAUUUCCAAGAAUUGAGGGUUCGAAUGAGCACCAAUUUGGACCAUCCUGGUACAACGAAACCGUCCUUGAACAAUGGGACACUGCAUUUAUAAAUUUCUUCAUUGGUAAAAUGAAGAAAUCCAGAUU